CUCCCGCGCCCGCUCUGCUCUAGGAUGCUGCGGCAGGUUCUGCACAGGGGCUUGAGGACGUGUUUCUCCCGGCUUGGCCACUUCAUUGCCAGUCACCCGGUCUUCUUCGCCUCGGCGCCGGUGCUCAUCUCCAUCCUGCUCGGCGCCAGCUUCAGCCGCUACCAGGUCGAAGAGAGCGUGGAGCACCUGCUGGCGCCCCAGCACAGCCUAGCCAAGAUCGAGCGCAACCUCGUCAACAGCCUCUUCCCGGUCAACCGCUCCAAGCACCGUCUCUACUCAGACCUGCAGACCCCUGGGCGCUACGGCCGGGUCAUCGUCACCUCCUUCCAGAAAGCCAACAUGCUGGACCAGCAUCACACUGACCUGAUCUUAAAGUUGCAUACUGCUGUGACCAAGAUCCAGGUUCCAAGGCCUGGUUUUAAUUAUACGUUUGCCCACAUAUGUAUCCUGAACAAUGAUAAGACUUGCAUAGUGGAUGACAUAGUACACGUCCUGGAAGAGCUAAAGAAUGCCCGAGCCACCAAUCGGACCAACUUUGCGAUCACGUAUCCAAUCACUCACUUAAAGGAUGGAAGGGCUGUCUAUAAUGGGCACCAGCUUGGAGGCGUCACUGUACACAGCAAGGAUCGGGUGAAAUCUGCAGAGGCCAUUCAGCUAACCUACUAUCUACAGUCAAUCAACAGUCUCAAUGACAUGGUAGCUGAGAGGUGGGAGUCCAGUUUCUGCGACACUGUCAGACUGUUUGAGAAAUCCAACAGCAAAGUCAAAAUGUACCCUUACACAUCCUCAUCACUGAGAGAAGAUUUCCAGAAGACCAGUCGUGUGUCAGAACGUUACCUGGUCACAAGCCUGAUCCUGGUGGUUACCAUGGCCAUCCUCUGCUGCUCCAUGCAGGACUGUGUCCGCAGCAAGCCCUGGUUAGGCUUACUUGGGUUGGUAACCAUAAGCCUAGCCACUCUCACUGCAGCUGGAAUCAUCAAUCUUACUGGUGGAAAAUACAAUUCCACUUUCCUGGGAGUCCCUUUCAUCAUGCUAGGUCACGGAUUAUAUGGGACUUUUGAAAUGUUAUCCUCGUGGAGGAAAACUAGAGAAGACCAACAUGUUAAAGAGCGAACUGCAGCAGUCUAUGCAGACUCCAUGCUCUCUUUUUCUCUCACCACUGCCAUGUACCUGGUCACCUUUGGCAUAGGGGCCAGCCCUUUCACAAACAUUGAGGCAGCCAGAAUUUUCUGCUGCAAUUCCUGUAUUGCAAUCCUCUUCAACUACCUCUAUGUACUCUCGUUUUAUGGCUCCAGCCUUGUGUUCACUGGCUACAUAGAAAACAAUUACCAGCAUAGUAUCUUCUGUAGAAAAGUUCCAAAGCCUGAAGUAUUGCAGGAGAAGCCAGCAUGGUACAGGUUUCUUCUGACAGCCAGAUUCAGUGAAGAAACAGCUGAAGGCGAGGAAGCAAACACUUACGAGAGUCACUUAUUGGUAUGUUUCCUCAAACGCUAUUACUGUGACUGGAUAACCAACACCUAUGUCAAGCCUUUUGUAGUUCUCUUUUACCUUAUUUAUAUUUCCUUUGCCUUAAUGGGCUAUCUGCAGGUCAGUGAAGGGUCAGACCUUAGUAACAUCGUAGCAACUGCAACGCAAACCAUUGAGUACACUACUGCCCAGCAAAAGUACUUUAGCAACUACAGUCCUGUUAUUGGGUUUUACAUAUAUGAGUCCAUAGAAUAUUGGAACUCUAGUGUCCAAGAAGAUGUUCUAGAAUACACGAAGGGUUUUGUGCGGAUAUCCUGGUUUGAAAGCUAUUUAAAUUACCUUCGGAAACUCAAUGUAUCCACUGACUUGCCUAAGAAAAAUUUCACAGACAUGUUGAGGAAUUCCUUCCUGAAAGCUCCCCAAUUUUCACACUUUCAAGAAGACAUCAUCUUCUCUAAAAAAUACAAUGAUGAGGUUGAUGUAGUGGCCUCCAGAAUGUUUUUGGUGGCCAAGACCAUGGAAACAAACAGAGAAGAACUUUAUGAUCUCCUGGAGACUCUGAGGAGACUUUCUGUCACCUCCAAGGUGAAGUUCAUUGUCUUUAAUCCGUCGUUUGUGUACAUGGAUCGGUAUGCCUCCUCUCUGGGAGCCCCCCUGCACAACUCCUGCAUCAGUGCUUUGUUCCUGCUCUUCUUCUCAGCAUUCCUGGUGGCAGAUUCGCUGAUCAAUGUCUGGAUCACUCUAACAGUUGUGUCAGUGGAGUUUGGAGUAAUAGGUUUCAUGACAUUAUGGAAAGUAGAACUGGACUGCAUUUCCGUGCUAUGCUUAAUUUAUGGAAUUAACUACACGAUUGACAAUUGUGCUCCACUGUUAUCCACAUUUGUUCUGGGCAAGGAUUUUACAAGAACUAAAUGGGUAAAAAAUGCCCUGGAAGUGCAUGGGGUAGCUAUUUUACAGAGUUACCUCUGCUAUAUUGUUGGUCUAUUUCCUCUCGCAGCUGUGCCUUCAAAUCUGACCUGUACACUGUUCAGGUGCUUGUUUUUAAUAGCAUUUGUCACCUUCUUUCACUGCUUUGCCAUUUUACCUGUGAUACUGACUUUCCUGCCACCCUCUAAGAAAAAAAGGAAAGAGAAGAAAAAUCCUGAAAACCGGGAGGAAAUUGAGUGUGUAGAAAUGGUAGAUAUUGAUAGCACCCGAGUGGUUGACCAAAUUACCACAGUGUGAUAGUAUCUGCUUCAUAUAUUUUCACCCUAGGUCUUACCAAGAACAAAAAGCUUAUGUUAAUGAAACAAAGUCAAAGUUGCUCCUUUUUGAAAAAAGGUUAAGAAACAGGCAUUGCAAAAAAAUAUAUAAAAGACAAGGGGGUAGUGGGCAGGGCAUCUUUGCAAUCUUUAAAGCAAAAGGGUUAUUAGGAAAAGGAAUUUAUACACACACACGAUUGAUAGUAUCUGAAGCUAAGAUCAAAUAUAAGAAAGCUUAUUAAUAAGCAGGAUCCUGUUUAUCCACAUGGCAGAUGUUACUGGUAUUGUAAAAAGCAACUGAUUGAAAGGUCAGCUUCCAUGGCAAAAAUAACUUUAAGCAUUGUUCAAACAGCAAAGCUUCCAAAACUUUUGCAGAGCAGUAACUCUACUUAGGUUCUGUGGUUUGAGGUCUUGGUUCUCAUCUAAUGCCUCAAUACCCAAGGAGAUGCUUGUGAAAGUUCUGAUCAGCAAAAGCAAGCCAGAGCCUUGAAAGCAGAUGUGGUAGACCGAGCAUCAUCCACAAAUUAAAACUGAGUCACCCCCAAAUUCACCUGGGUGAGGCAAGGUUUUUUCCUAGAAUGAAUUUAUCAUAUUCUUCCACUGAAAUACAUUUAACAUCUGUAUGAUUUGGUUAAUGCACCCAGAAAUCAAUGACAGCUCCAGCAUUAUAGAAGUGGGACAAUUAUAUUUUAAGAAUAUCUUGUUACUUGUCACCAAAUGGGUACUUUAUUAGUUGCAGCUAUUGACAGGAACCUCUAAGGUGCAAAGCCACAGAGCCAAGCCCAAGAGUCUGGCAUAUUAGAGGAAAAGCAGGUGUCCCCUUGAACCUACAGACAGUGUCUCUAUAUUAACAAAAUAGAAUGGCCAGCUGGUACAGCUGUUCGUGGUUUGGCCCUACAUGUACUUCUGCAUGGAUGCCCAGAAAUAACAUCUGCCCACACAUAGCUGAAGGGGAAAAUGAAUGCUAAAAUGAUUAUUGGCCAAAGCUUCCAACCUUUGGUGCCAGUCUGUCUUCACUGAGAUGACUUCUAAUUGACUUCGUAGGGAAAAUAAAAAUACUUGGUAAAUCUAAGUCCUGGCAUUGAGAAACUUUGUAGAGCUGCUGGGAGAUAAAGGGCUUAAAGAAAACUAGAUGGAAAUUACUAGAAAACAGUAAUCACUAACACAAACCUAUCAAUUCCAGCAGUCAAAUUUUCCUGUUAACCAGGCUGUACCUUAACUUCCUGGUCCCCCAACACACCUUUUGUUUUUCUGUCUCUGUACUUCAUCAGAAGGCCCUUCUGUACAUUAAAAAGCCCAGAUAUUUACACUGUUGAACAGUAGUAUCUACAGGAGAAAUGGUUCGUAGAUGUAAACAAAAACAGCCGGGUCUGAAGAGGAUAUGUAUACUGCCCUCAGACUCCUAUAUUUCUUUAAAUUCAUAAAAAUGAAGCCAAACCCUGAGUUACAUUUGAGACAAACAUCUGCAACAAAUUUCCUUUUUAGAGAUGUAACUUCUUUAGACAUCUAUAGUACCAAGCAUUUCCCAAAGGCAUAUUACCUUUCUGGACCUUAGCAGGUAUACUCUGCUACUUUCCCAUCUUCCACAGAAGGAGAAACAGACCUAGAAAAAUACAGUAACUUACCCAGGUCAUACCACUAGAGGAGUUCCAUCCUUUUAGCAUGCUUAAGACAGGGAAAGUCAACUUUAGAUUUUCUCAUAAGACUGCUAUUACCCCCUCAGAAUACAUCUCUAAGGUAAGAACAUCAGACUUCAUUGGCCAUGAAGAAGACACGUUUUUAAAUGUCUGGAAUUCAAAUGUUUUGGAUUUAGGUUUGUCACUAUCCUUCUUAAUAGCAAAAAAGCCCAUAUGAUUGUGAUAUAACUAUACCAAGUGCAAAUAUGUGCUUUCUAUUUCAUGUGCUGUUAUCCACACAGUUCGAAUACUUAUGCAGGGGAUCAUAGCUAGUGCAUUACACACUUGCUCAGUCUCCCUUGCAGAUACACUAAGUGAUCAUACCAAUGUGUCAUUCACUCAAGAAGAUAAUGAGCUUUACAUCAGAGGACAAGCACAGUCCUCUCUAAAGGGCAAGUUUGCAUACUAGAUGUUCAAUCAGUUCUCUCUCCUAUGGGCCUGCAACUAGGCUAUUAUUUAUAAAACACAGCUGAAGAGGGGAUUGGUUUUAUUCUUAAAUCACCUAUUGCUAAGUCAUUUUCUGAACAGUGUGUUCUAAAUCAGCCAUUGAUUUAGUGUCAUCCAUGUGGAACACCUCAGCUUAGUGACUCCACAAAGCUGACACAACACAUGCACCAAUUAAAUGGAUUUUGUUCAGAAUUUAAUCAUUAAAUUUGGUCAACCAAAAUGACUUACUAUGGAACUUUGUGUAAUGACAGAUAGUAGUUUUCCAACUUGAUUGGGUCUCUGUGUAUCUUGAGAUAUUGUAUUUUUAAAUGAAGGGCAUUUUCAAACUUGUCAACUUCUCUUUUCAGCACUUGAAAUCAAGGCUUAUGAAAUUAUGACUGUGAAAUGAAUUUUUCUAUUGGGGGACUAUGCAUGCCAAGAUUUAUAAUUUAUUGUUAGAUAAUUAUUUAUUUGUUAAUAUUGAUUAUUGAUUAUUGCUCUGACAGCAUCAGUUUAACCCCAGCAUGGAGAAGACACUUUAGAAGUAUCUCAAAAUCACACUCCAUAAAAUUUAAGCCUUCAUAAAGUUUUGCUUUUUAAAUUGCCAUAACAAGGGAAGGAAUGAUCCCAGCAAACAAGUUAACAUUUUUCUUUUAAUUCCAACCAACACAUUAAUGUCCACUUUACCAAAGAAACUUAUUCGGUUGGUUUUAAGUUGGGGUUUGGGGCUUGGUGUUUGUUUACCAAAGAAAAUAUUCCAUUCAUCAAAAAUAUUUCUCCUGGUCAACUAAAAUACUGUGAUACUUAGGCUUUCUUGGCCUUGAGUAGAAAAAUAAGAAAAACCAAGGUGCGAGUAAUGAUAUUCUCUCAUUUAGUGGAGUUCAGCAGAAGAUGUAAAUUCGAAGGGAAAUUAGGGUUUGUAAGAGAGAAAAAUGAUACUUGAAAUAGGACAGUAUUGUUCAGACAUACAGCAAUGUUCGAACAAGUACCAUGAGGACUCCUCAGGCUAAAAGAAGUAGAAGUUCGUUCCAGAGAAAAUGUAAGAUAAACUGUCAUGAAAAUUCCUGUCCAUUGUUCCAGCUCACAGCUUUUGUUUUAUGUUAGGGUUGGAUUGGUUUUGCUUGUUUGAUUAAUUGGUUGGUUGGUUUUUGUUUUCAUUUUUAUUUUUGUUUUUACUGGGGGAAUAUUAAUUUUGCUUUUGUUUAGUUUGUGUUUUUUUCUUUGUGUGGCUUCUGCUUUUCCUACUACUUUCACCCCUCCAUUUUCAGUUAGAGGUGAGAUGAUCAGAAGCCCUUCUCCAUGGCCGCAGUUAUUUAUGCACUAUACUGUUCUAAACAAAGCCCUUGAGAACCUGUUUAUUUUAAAUAAUCACCACCCAACUGUUUGUGGCAUUCUAGGACUGUGACAUCUACCUUCCUCCAGCCCCAGCAACAGACCUUGGCUUUGUCCUUCACAAGAACAGAUUGGAUAACGAGCUGUCUUGGGGGUGUGGUGUGAGGCAAAGCCUCUUGAAUAUAAAUGGUACCCUCCUCAUAAUGGCUUUAUUCCUUUGGAUCCUAUUAAAGUAUCCCUGCAGCUUGUAGCAGUGUUUGUUUGACCUCUGUGAAUCUCUGUUCUUCAUCUGUAAAAUGAAGAU